CCGGGGGCGGAGACCCCCGCGCUACCACGCCCAGUGCAGGCUGCGACGUGGCCAAACAUGGACGCGCUAAGCAGCAGGUGUAGCACAGUGGCCUUCGUUGCGGCAGUGAUGGUGCCACUGCUGGUGGGAGAGGUGGCAGCCCUGAAGCUGUCCCGGACGGAGCCAGACGCACAGCCAGUUGGUGGGGCCACGCACCUCUAUCCCUGCUUCUCUGUCUAUCAAAUAGACCUCAAUGAGACGAGGCUCUUCACUCACAUCGGCUCUCCUGAGAGCGCGGACUGCGCGUACACGUUCGAAGCUCCAGAGGAGGCGUCUCUGGAACUAGAGGUGGGCAACAUCGCGGCGGCGCCCUCUGGAGGUUCGGCGUACAACUACGGCUACAGCUACUCGUGUGGACCGCAGGCCGUCCGCAUCUUCGACUUCCGCCCGGACGGCGCACUCGUCGUCGCUGCUACGUGGUGUGGGUGGCCGGUGCAGGGGGCGGCGCUGAGCGCCCGCUCGUCGCGCAACCUGGCGGUGGUCACCUCCACCGUGGCCCGCGGCUCGUUCGACCUGCGGGUGUCCGCCACCCCACUGCCUCAGGCCGGCAACACCACCGACCUCGUGCCCGUGUCCGACCUGGUGCCGCCGCCGCCUCCGUCCACAGCCGCCUCCACCAGGGGAGACACUCCCAGCCCUCCGGCAGAGCAAGAACAAUCCAGUGCUGCGCCGACCGCCGCUGCAGUGGAGGGGGUAGAAUCGGAGACGACCACCACGACAACCACCACGACUACAAGCACGACCACAGCGGAAGCCGUUAGCGUGCAGGACUCGCCUCCAGCCACCACAGCUGUGCCACCUCGAGCGCCGCCCGCCAGCUCACCAGAUGACAGUACCAGCAACGACGACCCAGAACAGUCUGCACCGCCUUCCACUGCUGCAGCUGUGGUGGAAACCAGUGAAGACUCGACGCAAACACCACCCCCACUACGGAGUGCUGCUUCUGCUCUCUAGCCCUGAUAACUCUCGUAACUGCAUUGCAAACUUUGUAACUCCCUCAGGAGUAGUGGAGAUACGAGGUACAAAGAGUUGUCAGUAGGCAACUGUUCUCUCUUACCUCCUCCUUUUUCCUCUUCUUUGCUUUUCUGUUUACCAACAUGACAUCCCACAGGCAAUGAGUUUGUUAGAGACAGAGCAUGGCUCAGUUUGAGAAGAAUGAGAAACAACUUCUGUAGUAUUCUUUGGCAGAAAUAAUCCCAGAGUAUGCCAGAAAUAGUGUCAAGCUUUUCCAAUCACCAGAACACUUCUCCAUACCAGAGCUGACGCGCUCUUUGUUGGCAAGCAACUGCCUUCUAUCUGGGGUAGUAGUAACCUUGAGACCUGUACUGGGACCUCACAAUACUACAGACACAAACAGUCACAUUACUUUUAGUCAGAUUAUUGUUAAGGGAGACGCCACGAACAGUCGAAUAACACCUAAGGAUUCGCUACAGAAUCUUCUAUACACAACCAAUGUUCUGCUUUCAGUCCUCUUUCUUCAUUAACUCUGAAUUCUCUGGAAAUUUUGUAAUCAUCCUACAUAAGGAAUGUCAGCCCUUUGCCAGAAACUGUAAUAACUACUUUAGCAUGAUAGAAAAUGUUUUAGUAAAAUGUUUAAUAAAAAGUAAUUUAAAAGCAUUGUAAGCAUGUUUCACUUUCUUUGUAUUAACACUUCAUGUUUCUUGUGAUGAUAUAGAGAACUUUCAUGAUGUGUCCUGGUGUUGUUUGUGUGCACUAGUUACAUUAUUUCAUUAAGCUUCUUUUCAAAUUCCAUAAUGCUUGGAAAAAUUUCUGGAUAUAUCUUGACAUUAAAAUUUAAUAUCUCUAGUUUUGUACUUAAUCAUUUUUUGUUUUAUGUUCUGUAUAAACCAAAGCACAGGUGAGUUUUUUCUGUUAAUCAUUUGGUACAGAAUAGUGUGAGAGGGAAGUACAUGUCUGAGUCCCUGUUAGAAAAUUUUUGUGGCAUUUGGCUGGCAAUGUACACACAGUUGUUAAGUUCAGUCAACUGCGACAUUCAUAACU